AUGAGCAACGAUCCUCGCCGUGUAUCUCUCUUCAACCGAUGGGCAUCCAAACAAAACAACGAACCAGUCUCGGGUUUUGAAGGGCUCAAUGAAGAAGAGAUUAUGGAGUACAAGGCAGCUUUCAGGCUUUUCGACAAGGAUGGAAACGGUUCGAUCUCCUCGAAAGAAUUGGGGGUCGCUAUGCGUUCUCUCGGACAGAACCCAACUGAACAAGAACUUCUUGAUAUGGUGAACGAAGUUGAUAUUGAUGGAAGUGGAACUAUUGACUUCGGAGAAUUCUGUCAGAUGAUGAAGAGAAUGAACAAAGAAAAUGAUAGCGAGAUGAUUCGUGAAGCCUUCCGUGUAUUCGAUAGAGAUGGAAAUGGAUUCAUCACUGCUGACGAAUUCCGUUACUUUAUGACCCACAUGGGUGACCAAUUCAGUGAUCAAGAAGUCGAUGAAAUUAUUGCAGAAAUUGAUAUUGAUGGUGAUGGACAGAUCGACUACGAAGAAUUCGCCUCCACCUUCUCCAGCUAA